UCAAAAGCAGCCCAUAUUCAUCAGUUGAAAUCUGAAACCAGACUCCCUAAACCAAAUGGCUUCGACAUGUAUCUCAAACUGCAUCAGUGACACUAGGGUCCCGGUCAGGCCAACAUACGUCAAUCUCUACAAAUGGCCGGAAUCGGAUGCCGAGUUUGUCAGGUCACUGAGCUCUCACGGGUGCAAAAGUGCACGUUCCGCGGUUGUCGAUAGCAUUUCGUGCAGGCAAAUGUACCUGAGGAGCUAUACGUUUCAUAGGAAUGAGCAUGAGAAAACGAAAUGCUUUGGCAGAGUUGAUGACAAGGAAAGAAACCAAAACAAGCCCAAGAAGAAGCGCACGCCGCUGAGAAAGGCCAAAGAGGUGUCUUGUGCCGCCCUGUUGGCCGUGUUUCGCAGGCUGUUGUCUUGCACCACCAAGGUUGAUGUGGCUGAUCAUGGAGAUUGAAACCAUUUUCACACAUCAAAACUUCCUCUUCCUCUUUCUUUGUUUCUAAAUGAAAUUCUAAU